AUGGCUACCCAUACUCAACCAGAUGAAAACGGGGCAGUGCCGAGGGCUUCACGACAAUCAUACCUCGGAUACAAGCGCGACACAAACUUGCUUCUUUCCUGGAUGCGGAACAAAACAAACAGCGUCAUGAACGCAAGUGAACCAUCUACUCAGAAGGCUUACACAUCGACUCAUUUCCAAGUCAAAGACAUUUUAUCAAUGGCCCGCCUCAUUGUGGCUGGGGAUGUCAAAGUUCCCUCUAAAGUCUUCUAUUGGCUUCGCUCCGUUAUUCGCGCAAGAAUCGCCCAUUACGACUCAUGGAAGUCCAUUGUUUCUACGAAUUCUGAUGCCAAGAUCGCAAAGAGCAAUGAAAGUCAUUGGCACUUCAUCAACACUCUCAUCGAAGUUUUCGUCCUCCUUGGGGGAGAGGUCUGGCUCUCUCGGGCGGAGGCCACCCCAAACAGUUCGCCAGGCAGAACAAAGGCUGCCGAAGUUGUCGAGGACUUCAUUUUCUGCAACAAGUUUAGCGCCUUGGAUCUCGGUGUGGAUGACCAGACGAGUGAACCAGAAUCCGAGAGCGGCAAUGAGAGCCUAAGUGUCAUUCAGAACAAGAAGAAGUUCAACAAAGGAAAGAAGAACAAGAAGGGCAAAGGCAAAAGCAAGGGGUCAAAGAAAGUUCCUGCAGCAGACUCUGACGCCAAGGAAGCACCUCUCGACAGCUAUCUCAUCCUUGAAGCAGACGAGGAUCUCAUGGACGAAUACAGCAUGGCCGUCAGUGCCUUCAAAUCGGAGUGGUGUGAUAUGCGAACCUACCUCCAGGAUGUCUGGGAAGACGUCGCGUACCAUGACGUUAACAGCGCCGUAGCAGGCGCUGUGUCAAAGGUGGCCAUCGCUAAGGUCAGAAAGACAGAGCUGGCUAUAUUCAUCGACUUCCCUGGCAACGAAUGCUAUCAAAACAUCAUUCAGGCCUUUGAUCGAAGUCAGUCUCAGCAGGAUUCCGGCUCAGUCCCCAGGGGAGAUAUCCACCAUGACAUUGACACAUUGCACAACGAUAACAUCCGAGAGCAAUUGCUCCUCAACACAUACCAAGAUCUACUCGAUUUCAUCAAGGACUUUCAAAAGAACCGGACAGGAAAGCCAACCAAAGCAAUGCAAGCCAAGAUCAAAGACUCGGACCUCAACUUUCCAAUCGAGUCUGCCACUCCAGAACAGAGGAUCUCGUGGCGUCGAUCAUUCACUAUGAAUUGGCUCUUUGACCUGGUGAACAUCUUUUCAUUGCCCAUCAUUCAGUACCUUGAGGAUAACGACAAGUUGACGAGUCUUGAGGACAUCAACUGGAAUACUACUCAUGGCCAACAAAUUGAUACCCGUGGUCUCUUUGGACUCGAAGAUUUUGCGUCUUUCGUCACUACAUUAGCCAUGCAGAAGCCAAGCACGAACAUAAUAGACAAGAUUCUUCCACAUCACGUCUUCCAGCUGCAGUGCAUCGUCGAUGCAACAACGAUCUGGCGAGGCUGGUCCUUUGAUGAACAAAGUGGCCAUCGAGUCAAAGGUCCAGCCGCCUCUUUCGUUCCCACAUGGCAUGUCAAAACCUUUCUUGGGAGGGGUUGCGCCAAUCAACGCCCAGGGUUCCUCCCAGUGACUUGUGAGUUGCAGGAACAUGCCUUGGAACACCCCAAACCUGAGUACACUCUCUUCCAGGAUUGCCCUCUUUGGGACCUUGGUGCUGACUUUGAGUCACUCCUGGGCCUCUCUCGGAUAGCUGAAGGGGCUGAGCAUCGAUCUAAAGUUGCCUCUCGAUUUUCACACGCCAACUCCAACGGAUUGUGGGACUACUCACCCUACCUCUGCGGUGUUGGUCUUGUCGAAGGCCUUCGGCUUGUAUACAGUGCUUCAAUGGCGACUUGGAAUCAAAUUGUCGAGCCAAUAACAUUCGUACAUCUGCACAACAUGCUGAAAGAGCGUGGGUAUCUGGAUCAGAUGACUAGUAUUCGUGUUAAUCGAGUCGCCGGCUUUUUCCGAGCCUUCUUUAGGGACUCCAUUUUCCCCAAAGGCGAAAUCCCGAAGUUCAAGUUUGCGAGAUGUUUCCAAGACGUUUUCGACGCGUCGAAGGUCCCCAGCAUUGAUGGGUAUGAUGUCGGUGAUUUGAGCAACCUCAGCAUGUUUCGUACGAAAUCUCAAUUGGUGCUUUAUCAAGAGGCCAAUUGGGACCCCAGCCGCAUACCGUAA